AUGCCAUACGUCCGAUAAGUCAGAUUCUAAUAGGGCAGACUUGGAAGUUUGGCGGCGCUUGAAACUUGGAAGCCUUAGGCUCUGCUUGAGCUUUUGAACAGCUCAGGAAUACUUCUUUUGGAGCAGGCUCGUGUGUGUUUGUUUGGAGCAGGGUGGACGGAGCCUGUGGGGGACAGAUAAACAAAGGGAAAGGUCAGGUUCUCGAAGCUGUACCCCGCACUGGGCCAGUUUACUUCUGCCCUGAGUGGGUGUCUGUUUAGUAUUGGGCGAGAGGGGCCCGAAUAUCGGACGCUGUGUAUGUGAUAGAAGAGCGGGGACGCGCAGAAAGGGGCCAUCAUGGCGGCGAUGGCUGCUGUAGGGUCGUGUGCAGGGGCCUUGUCCUGGACUCCUGCUUUAGACAAGGGUUGCGGAUCCUUCCAGGCAUCCAGAAACACUUUCCUCUCCGGAGCGCACCAUCUUCCCCCCGUCUGCUCCACCAGCCAGCGCGCGGUGCUCCCUACCCCUGCCAUUGUGUGCAAAGAAUCUCGUAUCGGCAAGGCGCCGAUCCCCAUCCCGAAGGGAGUCACCGUCACUCUGAAGGACAAGAGCCUGGAGGCGAAGGGCCCCUUGGGGCUGCUCACACGGGAGUACCCCCGUGAAGUGAGGCUGGAGAAGGAAGGGGAGUCGGUGUCGGUGUUCAGGACAGAUGAGACGAGGCGGUCGCGGCAGAUGCAUGGCCUCUUCAGGACCCUCACGGCCAACAUGAUCAACGGCGUCUCCACCGGCUUCAAGAAGGACCUAGAGCUGAUUGGUGUUGGUUACCGUGCCUCCGUGGCGGGUCAGACGCUAACCAUGAACCUGGGUUUCAGCCACCCGGUUGUCAUGGAGAUCCCCGAGGGUAUCAACGUUAAGGUAGAGGGCAACACGAGGAUGAACAUCUCCGGGCGCGACAAGGAGUUGGUCGGACAGUUUGCGGCGUCCGUUCGGCGGUGGAGGCCGCCAGAGCCGUACAAGGGCAAGGGUAUCAAGUUCCAGGGCGAGGUCAUCCGUAGAAAGGCUGGCAAGGCUGGCAAGAAGAAGUAGGCGGGGCGCCCUUGAUCGGGUUGGGUUUCCCCUUUUCGGAAGCAGGCAAAGAAUGUUGUUGUUGGAACUGAGCACAAGGCAUGGUCCACAUGGGUUCUCCGUGCUGCUAAGGUGAAGAAAGGUGGAUGUGUUGCUUCAAUAUACUCAUAUUCUGAGGGCCAGAUAAGGCGGCUGUGAUUCAACUGCGCUAUAUUUGCCUAUCAUAUGAGCUAUCUUGAAUUUAAGUGCAUGCAGUGGUUUCAAGCCUGACCGGACUCCCCAGCUCACAG